AAUUUUGACAGAAGGGGCGGGAGUAGGCGUGCCAAAAGGUCUAGGGUGUCGCCGCGGUGGCUCCCAUUCGAAGGCGACGGCGGUCGUCUGUAUUUCGGUCUAAUCUCUACAGAAAAAAAAAGUGAAAUUACUUGGAACAGACAGCAGAUUCGGCGCACUUUCAUGUCUUGAUUUUUCCCAGUUUCUUCUCGGUCGAGCUUGUCCCAGGGCUCUGGAAUGACGGGGUGUGCCGAGAAUCUGAAUUAGCUCGCCGUUAGUUUGAAGAAAGAGUGAAUCGGGGUAGAGUGCGAGAGAGGAGCCAUUUUGUCCCGACUGUGUGGGAGAAAAGAAAGAGUGAAAAAGAGGUAUCACACAGAAGGAGAUUCUAUUUUUGCUCUCAUGCUGUAAGGGGGGGUACCACGGUCGGGUUUGGGAAUCUAGAACUUCUAGGACGACUCUACAGGCACAUUAUUUUGGGUGGUGUUUAGCCAACUAGCUUGCCAAAGCUAAUCAACAAAUCCACAGUUUGUUAACUGUUAACAGCCAAGAGGACAGUUGUUGGUCAGGUUGGCCAAGGAGCUGGCUUUAGACUUCACAUAGGCGUACUCUAGGGUAUCGUUUUUUGUAUCUAUCGGGGUGAACACAAACUGAUUCUUCAAUGGCGAAGAAGACGUACGACUUGCUGUUCAAGCUGCUUCUGAUCGGCGACUCGGGCGUGGGGAAGACCUGUGUGCUGUUCCGCUUCUCUGACGACGCCUUCAACACAACCUUCAUCUCCACCAUAGGAAUAGACUUCAAGAUCAAAACUGUUGAAUUACAAGGAAAGAAGAUAAAACUACAGAUCUGGGACACAGCAGGGCAGGAACGGUUCCACACCAUCACCACCUCCUACUACAGAGGAGCCAUGGGCAUCAUGCUGGUCUAUGACAUCACCAACGCCAAGAGCUUCGAAAACAUCAGCAAAUGGCUGCGCAACAUUGAUGAGCAUGCAAAUGAGGACGUUGAGCGAAUGCUGCUAGGCAACAAGUGUGACAUGGAUGACAAGAGGGUCGUACCAAAAGCCAAGGGAGAGCAGAUUGCGAGGGAGCACGGCAUUAGGUUUUUUGAGACGAGCGCUAAGGCCAACAUCAACAUCGAGAAAGCUUUCCUCACGUUAGCAGAAGACAUCCUCAGAAAGACGCCUGUAAAAGAGCCCAACAGUGAAAACGUCGACAUCAGCAACGGAGGAGGAGUCACAGGCUGGAGGAGCAAGUGCUGCAGUUGAACAACUCCUGUUUCAGUCACACUAACGCACACAAACACACUCAGACACACACAAUCUCUCUCUCUCUCUCUCUCUCUCUCUCUCUCUCUCUCUCUCACACACUGCUAACUCUAACUCGCCCUCUAACCUGUCUCAUGAGUUUUCUUGCACACUGACACUCUGUCUCUUUAUCAGAAUAAAAACAAUAAACCACUUCAUGUCUAA